AUGGUCAAUAGACAAGGUUUGGCUGUUGGUUUAGCCGUUGGUGUUCCAUCUUUUAUAAUCCUUCUGAUUGUGUUUGGAUUCUGGUAUAGAAAUCAACGCAAAUUACGGAAAGAAGAUCUCGAUGAUUACAUAGACAAGGAGAUUCAGAAUGAUGAUAGCAGUUUCCAACAAUUCCAAGAACAACUACAUAAACCACAAUGUGACAAGAAAGAGAAAUUGGAUGAUGGAAUACAAUUGAAGGAACACGUUGUGGCAUUAAAUGGAACUAGUGAUUCAUCAAAUGGAAGUUUAGAAUCUGUUUUGCAUGAACCUCAUCACUCACAACAUUCGCAACAUUCGCAACAUUUGCAGCAUCCACAACAUCCACAACAUCCACAACCAGUGGUUGCAAAACCACUGAAACAUCCAUAUGGUCAACACUUACAAUAUACACCGUCAUCAAUACAACCACAAGAGGAGCAAGGAUCACAGUCUUCUUCUAUAUCACUAAGUCAAGUACUGGAUGUCAUUUCAAACACAUAUGAUCAAAGCCAUGAUGAAUUGCAACAACACAGUCCUCAAAAAAUACACAAUGGUCGCGGUGGACCUCCACCUCCCCCUCCACCAAAACGCCAAUCAUCAAACAAGACAUCUGUGUAUACCUUUUAUGACACAUUCAUCCCUACUUUCAGUACACAAGAACCAUCUUCACAACAACAACAACAACAGCAACUAAACCAAAACUCACUGUCGUCACAUCACAAUUCAACUCACAACUCAUUUAGUGACCUACUUAACCAAACAGCUCACAGUUCAUUAAACAUCCUAAAACACAACUAUAAUAAAGAAACCAGCAACAAUGUCAGCAGUAGUAACCAACAUAAACACACAAACAGUUCAUCUGACUCAAACACAUCACUACUUCAGAGUAACAAUCAUAGUGCAUCACACUCACGUGCACCAUCAACCGAUUUAGGCACCUUGGCCAAACAAUUAAACAAUCCGGUGUUUUUUGAAAAACUUCCUAGUAAAGCAGCUGCUGCUCAAGGUAAAGUGUAUAUCAAGCCACGUGUGCCAUCAGCAAAUCAGCCACACAAUAAUUCAAGUUCAGAAUUGAUCAAUAAUUAUCUUGUUGGUGAAAACACCGCCAUUAAUGAUCACUUCACUUAUGAAGCACCAAUGGUUGAAACGGCCAAAAGCACCGAUAAUUUAGCCCAAGUUAGCGGUGGAAACCUCCAUAACAAUGUCUUGACGUAUAAUCAACAUCUUGCAGCAAAAGGAGCAAAAGAUGCUAUUGCUGAUGGUUCAUUAAGGCCUAAACAACCACAAUCGCAAUCGCAAACACAAGCUAUGCAAGAAGCUAAUCCCUUGAAUGGUCAAAUUGGUAAUGCAUUUGAUGCCAAUAUUACUAUGGAACCAAUGGCUAUGAAUAAAAAGAAUGCAACUACAAAUGACGACGAGGAUGUAAUGCCACCAGUUGUAUUUCAAUAG